AUGGAGACCGAGUCCGGGGCGCAAACAUCAAAUCAGACGCAAACAGAUUCAUUAUCUCCAUCCCCUAAUCCUGUGUCACCUGUGCCUUUGAAUAACCCAACGAGUGCCCCAAGAUAUGGAACAGUGAUCCCUAAUCGCAUCUUUGUAGGAGGAAUCGACUUUAAGACGCAUGAAAAUGAUUUAAGAAAAUUUUUUUCCCAGUAUGGGUCUGUAAAAGAAGUGAAGAUUGUAAAUGACAGAGCUGGAGUGUCCAAAGGGUAUGGCUUUGUCACUUUUGAAACACAAGAAGAUGCACAAAAAAUUUUACAAGAGGCUGAAAAACUUAAUUACAGGGAUAAGAAACUGAACAUUGGUCCAGCAAUAAGAAAACAACAAGUAGGGAUCCCUCGUUCCAGUAUAAUGCCAGCAGCUGGAACAAUGUAUCUAACAACUUCAACUGGAUAUCCUUACACUUAUCAUAAUGGUGUUGCUUAUUUUCAUACUCCAGAGGUAGCUUCUGUCCCACCACCUUGGCCUUCACGUUCUAUAUCUAGUUCCACUGUGAUGGUAGCUCAGCCCGUUUAUCAGCAACCUGCUUAUCACUACCAGGCCCCUGCACAGUGUCUACCAGGUCAGUGGCAGUGGGGUGUUCCUCAGUCUCCUGCCUCUUCUGCUCCAUUCUUAUACCUGCAACCUUCUGAGGUUAUUUAUCAACCAGUGGAAAUUGCACAGGAUGGUGGAUGUGUUCCUCCUCCGCUGUCUCUGAUGGAAGCUUCAGUUCCAGAGCAUUAUUCUGAUCAUGGAGUUCAAGCAGCAUAUCACCACGUUUAUGCUCCAAGUGCCAUUGCUGUGCCUGCACCUGUGAUGCAGCCUGAACCAAUUAAAGUAAGAAGUUUGUUUUGA